AACGUUUAAGCUUCAACACCGUCAUGAAAGAACCCCAAGAAUCACAACGCAUUCUUCAAAUUGUACAUACGUGCAUGAAUCAAAUUCUCACUCAAUUUCUAUCGCAAGGCGGAAUCAAAACCAUCAACAGUACAUAACAUAGGUAUGCCCGGGCGGCUGAUCGAGGCUAAUAUUGGUGAUCACGCUUGCCAGCCUUGUUGAACCUCCUCAAAGCGAGGCUGAGAUUCCUGCAUCUCGAACUUCUGCUAUUUUUCACUUCUCGAUUGCCAGCAUUAUGAAUUUGUCACUGACUGAUCCCUUCGUUCUCGCACAAGAUUAUCCCGAAUCAUCUACACUCACUCUCCGUAGCGGCCAUGCUUCGUGCGUGCGCUUUAAUCGAAAAGGCGAUUUCCUUGCCGCAGGGCGUACCGAUGGCACCGUCGUGAUUUUUGAUGUCGAAACCAACGGUAUAGCGCGAAAGCUGAAAGGGCACACCCGACAAGUGCAAUCAUUGAGUUGGUCGCGCGAUGGCAGAUUCUUACUUACAUCAAGUCAGGACUGGACGUGCAAUAUCUGGGAUUUGAUGGAUGGGACUAUUGUAAGGACUGUACGAUUCGAAGCACCGGUAUAUUUGGCAGAAUUUCAUCCUUGGACACAGUGAGUCAAAUAAUAUGGGUUGAUCUUUACCCUCGCAAUGGAGACUGAUCAUUUUUGCGCCUUCUAGUCUUAAGAUAUUGGUCUCAUUAUUUGAAGAUCCGCCGUUACUGGUAGAUCUGACAAACCUAGAAGUGGUAAAAUAUAUCCUACCUUCUACGAUCAAAAAACGAACCGUCUACGGAGAAGACGAAUCAAAACCCAUCGCACCACAAACUACUACAGUCGCUAUUUUCACCGCAUCUGGAGACCAUAUACUUUCGGGUACUAAUAAGGGAUGGCUAAAUAUAAUAGAGGUGGCUAGUAGGACAGUGAUCUACUCCACGAAAUUAUGCACAGGGGUGUUACUUUAUAUGCGACUUACGACUUCUGGGCGGGACGUAGUGGUUAAUGCCCAAGACAGGAUUAUUCGGACGAUACAAAUACCGAAUUUAUCAGCAGAGGAUCUGGACCCCGAUACGAUAGAUAUCGAGGUCGAGCACAAAUUUCAAGACGUGGUAAACAGGCUGAGUUGGAACCAUGUGGCAUUUAGUGCGACAGGGGAAUAUGUGACGGCUUCGACUUUCAACAAUCACGAUAUUUACAUCUGGGAAAGAAACCACGGAAGUCUGGUGAAGAUUUUGGAGGGACCCAAGGAAGAGCAUGGAGUAGUUGAAUGGCAUCCACACAAGCCUAUGAUAGCGGCAUGUGGUUUGGAGUCUGGAAGAAUACAUAUUUGGUCGAUCGUUCCGCAGCAGAGAUGGUCGGCCCUGGCACCUGAUUUUGCGGAGGUCGAGGAGAAUGUUGAGUACAUUGAGAGGGAGGACGAAUUCGACAUUCAUCCACAGGAAGAGAUCCACAAAAGAAGAUUGGAUGCUGAGGACGAUGAUAUAGAUGUCUUAACGGUUGAGCCAGUCAAGGGGGAUGUUGUCGACGAAGAUAAUGCGUUCAGGAUGCCAGUACAACUCGAUGGUGACGACACCGAGAGCGAAGAAGAGUUUGUAGCUGUUGGAAGGGGUGAAAUGAGAAGGAAGAGUCCAUCGGAUGGACGUAAUUACCAGCUUGAUUCAGAAGCAAUCGGAAGUGCGGACGAACAGCCUAGAAGGAAGAAAGGCAGAAGACGUUGAUUCGUCUUAUCCUUCUACUUUUGUUGGCAAAUGGCGUUUUUAGGAAAAGUAGGUGGAAGGAUGUGGUUUGGAGCGUUGGUGGGGUACCUCGAACUGACUUGCAUAUCAUAUGCAGCUGCACAUACAUACAGCCAAUUAAUAGCUUACACAUUAGGAGAAAAUAAUAAUCUAGCAACAAGUUCAUCCAGCACU